AACCAAAAUAAUGUUAUUUAUUAUUAUACCUAUUAUCCGUCUGUGGCUAACCAAUUUUGGAUUGACACUUGUCUGUGGGCCGUGUCAAUGUCAACAACAAAAUAACAAACAAACGCGAGUCGCGAGCUUAAAAGUGGGUUGCCGUAUCUUGUUAUAGUGAAUCAAAUUAUUUACUUAUUCCAUCAUGAAUGAUAGCGAAUAUAUUCACUGUCGCCUUUGCGCACAUUUCAAGCCAAAACACUCACUAAUACACCUAAUAUCGGAGGAACCACAUUGCCAAGAUAUUGUCAAAUGGUUGUCCCGAUUCAACGUUCAAAUAAACUUAAACGACAAUAAUUUACCAAAAAUGGCCUGUUUUACUUGUGUAGCGUCGUUAGAACGAGCAUUUGAUUUCAUUGCUGCCGUGGAGCGAGCCCAGUCUACUCUAAACAAAAUAAUUUUACAGCCACAGCUUGUGAAGGAAGAACAUUUUUCUGAUGAAGAAAACAUUGUUUACGAGGGUCCAGCGGACUACGAUGAUAUAAUCGAGAAUAUUAAAAUCGAGACUAAUAAAACAGAUUCCACGUCUGAAAAAUCGUUAGAAAAUAAUGUUGAAAAACCUGCGGAAGAAAUGGAAAAAAGGCGUCUUUGCAUCAGUGUGGACCAGUUACCUUUAUCUCAGGUGCACAUGACUUGGAAAGAUUAUGAGUGGCUGUGCCGGCUCUGUGAGACACGAUUCCCCACAUUCGAAGAGCUUCAUACUCACUCUGUGCAACACCACAAGGUCUGUAACCCAUACCAAUGUACAGAUUGUAAAAAGAGAAUUUUUCAGCUCGACCGUUUUCUAAAACAUGUCAAACUGCACAAAAAGUACUUAAAAUUCUCAUGUUACAAGUGCCACAUGAAGUUUUUGACUACAAGAGACACUUUGAAACAUCAGGCUGAACAUAAAGUAACGGAUCAUGUUUGUAGCGGAUGCAAUGAAAGUUUUAAAUGCCAAGAGGAACUAGCUGAACACAGUACCACAUACCGCAGAGUUGGAAAAAGACAGGCGGGAGACAACAUUGGAGGUGAACCGGCAAUAGAAGGAGAUAGCUAUACAUGCACAGUUUGUAACAAAACAUACCCAAACAAACAAUGUUUGGCUAACCACAAGGCAAUUCACACGCGCAGACAAAAGAACCAUGUAUGUGAGAUUUGUGGUAAAAGUUUCUACCAGAAAGGAAGCUUAGCAGACCAUAUUGUACAGCACAGCGAUUCAAGGCCAUAUCAAUGCGAAAUUUGUAAAGCGUCGUUCAAAACUUUACGCCGGUUACGCUCACAUAUAACAAGUCAUGAUGCAGAGAAGCCAUUCUCUUGUGAUCAGUGCGGAAAAUGUUUCCGUUUGAAAAGGCAGCUCAGUAACCACAGUAUUGUUCACACAGAUUCUUAUCCUCAUGUGUGCAGUUAUUGCAAUAAAGGUUUCCGUUUCAAGACGUUAAUGACUCAGCACGUACGCCAGCAUACUGGCGUGAAGCCGUACUCCUGUGAAAUUUGUUAUAGAGACUUCACUAACUGGCCGAAUUACAAUAAGCAUAUGAAAAGGCGACAUAAUACAGAUAUGGCAAAGAAGAAAUGUGCUCCUCUGGGAGCUUUAUCCAAAGACCCUGGCCCUGGGAAGGUUAUAUCUGAUAAAACAUUAGAAGAAAAGAUAAAAUUUUUGGAACAGAAAGAUAUAGAUCCACAGAGGGCUUUAAGCUUGUCUAGAACUGCUCAACAUUGGUACUGAUAUAAUAAAACGCUGCAUCCGGUUAGACUGGAAGCUGACCCUAUCGUCUGACGUCCUAAACCCAGUUUCCUAGGCAACCAACCAAAUUUGUUCAAAUGACAGCUGGGAACCACCAGUUUAUAGUGCCUUCCGAAACACGGAAGAAUUUUUAUGACAAGAUGGUCACCCAUCUACGGACCAACCGCGCCAAGCUUUCGACUUGGCCACGAUCUUGUAACUUGUUGAAGAUUACAAAUAUUGACAGUUUAAAAUGUUAGAAUGAAUUUUUUAUUUCAGAAAAGUUGUAUUUUAAUGUUUUAUAGAAAUAAAAAUAUUGAGUUUGAUUUAUUUACAAAA